AUGCCCGUGCUGAGAAAUCUUCCUGUGCGGCGCAGGUUGGAAACUGAGUCUCGCAUGGCUGCUCAGCUGGGAGAGCAACAGCAGCAUCUGGGUCGAGGGAGGGGAUGGAACCAGUCCAGAAAAACUGACACAACACCGGGCAAAGACACCAUGUCGACCUCCACAGAGUCCAAUUCUCUUGCGACACCUUUGAAGAGAAAGAGGGGCCGGCCCCCUAAGACUCCCCCUAGGUUAGCGGAGCCUGACAACGCAGUGGCCCCGUCCCCACAGUCCGCCUCGCCAAGCGAGGAAGGGAACCCCCCUGCGUCCCCAAAACGUAAGAGGGGUCGCCCUCGCAAAGACUCCACAACCACGCCAGAAACAGUCAGUGAAGGACAGAACUCUAAAAAUGAGACCACCACUGCUGGUGUACCUGAUGUAUCAAAAACUGAAGCUAGCGCAGAGCCAACAUCUCCGUCUCCCAACAAGUCGGAGACCCCGAUAGCUAGUGUUGUCACUACAAGUCAGGCCUCCGAGUCUACCAAAGCUGAGGAAACAGACACUAGGACUGAGGUUUCAGCCCCUGCCCCAAAUCCAGCUCAAUCCCCCACAACAACCGAUGAAGCCUCCACACCAGGUGCAGCUUCAGUGCAAGCACCCGCUGCACCUUCACCCCUUUCCGUCGUUGCCUCCACAUCAGCUUCAGCCCAGUGCGUUAGUUCUGCUCCGGCUAUAGCUCCAAUUCCAGACACAGCACCAACCCCGUCUUCCUCUGCAUCCUCCGUGACACUUUCUACGUCUGCAAUUAUCCCAGCCCCUGCUGCCCCAACUACCACAGCUACAAUGCCACCUGCCAACACUGUCACAUCAACUCCUACCGGUGUACAACCAACGCUUGUGGUUUCCACUUCUCCUAAAGCGCCAGUAGAACCAAAACCUUCAGCUCCUACAACUGUGAAAGCAACAGGACCACACAGAACCACCACCGUUGCCACACCAGCUGCCACCACUCCGUCGACUGUGUCAUCUUCUGCCGUGGCCGUCAAUGCAGUUCCAGCAUCAGUACCCGCUACAACGAUUACAACAGCUGCUAACGUGAUAUCAAAAGCUGUCAGCAUUGCACCAGCAGUCACCACUACAGUGAAAUCAGUCACAACUAAAACUACUGCUGUGAAGGAUUCGCAGCAAGCCUGUGCGCCGUCUUCUACAACAUCUAUCCCAUCUUCUACAACAUCUAUCCCAUCAUCUACAACAUCUAUCCCAUCAUCUACAACAUCUAUCCCAUCUUCUACAACAUCUAUCCCAUCUUCUACAACAUCUACCCCAUCAUCUUCAACAUCUAUCCCCUCAUCUACAACAUCUACCCCAUCAUCUACAACAUCUACCCAAUCAUCUACAACAUCUACCCCAUCAUCUUCAACAUCUACCCCAUCAUCUUCAACAUCUACCCCAUCAUCUACAACAUCUACCCCAUCAUCUACAACAUCUACCCCAUCAUCUACAACAUCUACCCCAUCAUCUACAACAUCUACCCCAUCAUCUACAACAUCUAUCCCAGCUAUUGUAACCUCCGCUCCGGCUGCCACCAUGAAAGUUUCAGCUACAGCUUCACCGACCUCAACAUCUUCCCCCAUUACAGCAACAACUGUGACGAUGACAGUCCAAACAGUCCAAGCUAGUCCGACAUGCUCGAGCACAGUUCCCACUGCAAGUCCAACCAUGUGUGCUUCUUCAACCGCCUCAGUAACAACGGUCUCAUCAUCAUCGGAUACAAGUACGGAUGCAUCUUCUCCGAACCAAGCAACGACUAAUGUGACAACUACCAAACCAGUCGCAACCUCAACUUCACCACCACCACCACCACCAACAACAGCUCAAGUGGCCACACAUGGACAGGUAUCUGCUGUUCCUGUGGCUGGCACGUCGUCAGCAAAACCUCCUACCGUACAAACCCCAACCUGCAGUCCUUCCCAAACUACAACGUCUGCCGGUGUAACUUCCACAGCCAAGACUAAGACAGUUACAGUAGCUGCAUCUCCCCCAACAGAGAAAGUCCAAGAGACGAUCCCUGUUGUAGCAGCAGCCCCUUGCAAAGAACUCACGUCAGCUACCCCUCCCAAAGCUGUAGAAAAGACUGUCAAGAUCCUGCCUCCCGUAACACCUUCUUCACCAGCGCCAUUACCAACAAUCACCACAACUACAUCAUCCCCAGAAAAGUCCAUUGCAGUUGCUUCCACAACUGUUGUCACAACUACCCAAGCAUCCACUCCCACAGCCCCCCCUGUGUUAGAAGCAACAGUUGUAGCUACCACGGCUGCAACAACCAAAGCCAUUCCUCCGGUUUCCACCACACAAACAUCUGCAGUAAUCCCCCUGCAAGUGCAAAGCUCUGCGUCUACUGAUGUGUCCACAACAGUCGAGACAGAAACCCUGCCCCAGAUAUCCACAUCUGCUUCCUCUAGUGUUUCAUCUGAGAGACAAACUUUAGAGCUAAAGCAGGAAGUGUCUGCAGCUAAAAGUGACCCUGAAACGGGGACAGAAAUGGAAGUAGAUGCUGUGGAGGCUGGCGCAAGGACUAGCAAGGAGGAGGAUGACAAAAAGGAGGAUGCCUGUAAGUCUCAGCCUAAAAGGAGAAAGGUGGAGAGUUCGUCGGAGACCAAAGACUUUGAGUCUGGAGGGGAGGUAGCAGCCGGAGAAGCACCGCCUGCAGCUGCCCCUCAGAAAGAAGAACCCAAGCAACAGGAGGUGACGAAAACUACCGAAGAUCAGAAGAUUCCAAUCCAGAAAAGGCCUCUCAGUCGCCAGAGUAGCCAGGAGUCUGCUCGCUCGUCUUCGUCAUCGUCCGGGGGCUCCACGACGACCCUCACUCGUCAGUCUCACCACAAGAGGACUUACGAGAAUCGACUACCGGCCAAGAAGAGGCGAAUGGACGACCCCUCGGAAACGGGGGAGGACGGGGAGAAUAAAGAGUGCGGGGAGAAGGGAGAGGAAGGCUGCGAGAAGGAGCACUCCGCCGCUUCCUCUAGGGGAAGGCGGUCCAGGUCUUCCUCCUCCACCUCCUCGGACUCUGACAACAGCGAAGGCAGGAAGGAGCACCGGUUGACUCGCUCGGCAAAGCGCGGGCAAAAAGAUCAGGAGAGGGAAAAGGGUAACGGCCGGCAAGGAAAGAAAUCUGCGCGAAGCUCCGACAGGAAUGCAACGAACAACGCAAACACGUCCACGGGUGGAGAGUCGGGAAGUGAUACGUCUUCUGUUAGGAACACCAGGAAGUCUGCAGGAUCUCAACCCUCACAAGACAGUAAACCUCAGACAAACAGCGCGCCCUCGUUGCCUCCCGAGCCCGAAGUUCUGGGGAAGAGGUGCUCGGCACUCAAUGCGGCGGCCAAGCUCCUAGCGAUGAAAGGCAGGGUGGAUACGCCUGGCCACACCCCUCGGAGAGACUCUGCUGCUAAGGCCGCCGGCACUUCUCCUGCUUCCUCCUCUGACAAGAACCAAAAGACUAAAAGCAAAACUGUACCCGCCUCCUCCCCUCAGACUAACUCUGUAAAUCUUACCAAUAAUAAAAGCAGUGGCAGCAAACCCUUAACGCCCAAUCAGACGAGCCGCUCUGCCUCCCGCUCCACCAGACAGUGCCCCGGUUCUCUGGUUCCACCCCUGGAACUGGAGUACAAGAGGUCUAAAGCAGAGGAAAAGGAGAGAGGGAGUAGGAAGUCGUUGAGGGGAAAGGAGGGCGAGGCCGAGGCGCAGUCCUCGUCCCGGGGCCACAGCGCCUGCAGCAGCAUGAGCAGCGACGGCGAGGGCGACGGUCGUGGACGCAGCAGCAGAAGCCGAAGCAGCAGCAACAGCAGCCAACGCACCCACAGCAUCAGCUCUCAAAACACCGAGCACAGGGAGUCCCGCGCCACCUCCUCCGGCAGCGAGAGGGGCCGCAGCCGAUCGGAGAGCAGAGACAAGCGGGGCCAGCACCGGAGGGAGCGUCGGAGUGAGAGGAGGUCCCAGAAGCUCUCGCAGGAGGCGACGAGCGGUUCGGGGACGGAGGGGACACCGGACAGGGUGCUGCGGAGCGUCGCCGCGCUCGCAGCGGUGCAGGCCCGAUCACCGGCCGCCAGCACACGCUCCUCUUCUGGUCAACAUCGUCACAACAAAACAUGAUCAGAGUGCCAAAAGGGGUGAAAAAAACAAAACAAAAUGGAAGCGAGAGUGCCGUUGCAGAGCACGUUACGAGAGCAUGUCAUGACCUCCAAGGUUGCUGCUUUGUGUGCACUCUUAAUGAAUGCAAAGGGGGGGCUGAGUGCUGCACAAGCCAGAGACCUCCCUGCCUCUUGGGGCCCUCUCCCUUUCCAAUUGGAGCUGGUCCUCUCACCAGCUCAGCCAUCGUCACGCUGGGGGAAGGCUCAGGGAUGUCGGGUUAAAAAAGAUAAAAUAAAAAAUGUGGCGCCACAGUUGGUGCGUCCGUAAACAGACAGAGAGAUGGUACAGUGGAUAAAUUCACCGCUGGGACUUGAGGGGGACAAAGGUGCAAAGGAAAAGGUUGUUAGUUCACAUUAUGUACUGUAAUCAUUAAAGACUGGAACACUCUGAUCUUCUAUGUUAAGGUGGGAUUAUACGGCACCCUCUAUUAGGGUCAUAAACGAAAAGUCAUUUGUGUGACAUCAAAAACGUAAUGAGUGACCAGUUGUAUUGUAAGUUGGAGGUUUUAGAGAGUUUGGUUUUGAGAAAAACUUUGUCAGCUGUCCUGACUAUUGUUUCUUUGUAGUCAGUUGAUAAGUUAUGCAUAUUUUAUUAUUUCUUCCAGGGUAUGAGGAGGAGACCAGGUCUGUCAAUGUGAUCUUUGCUGCACUAUGCUGGAGCUCGUCUUUGCUUGGGACCCCUUUUUUUUUUUUUUUUUUUUUUUUUUUUUUUUGUCACGUCAGUUUCUGUUCAUUGGAUUCAUUUUUAAAUCCAGCCUUGCAUUUUUCUCAUUUGCACAUCUGAUAUUGUGGCCCUCAGCUUUUGAGUACAUUGUGGUGUAGUAAUAGGGUUUUUACAUCAACGUCUGUCGAUUAAUUGGUUCCCGAUACCUCACGAUGUAUCUCUACAGUUUGAAAAUGUAUUAAUUGUCGCGGAUUUGUCCCUGGAGCAUUAAAAAAAAGUUCUGUUUUUCCUAAUCUUCCCAAAGGCAGUUAUAGUUACGGCCCACUUUGUCAUGUAUUUAUAUGGAAAGGGGAAGUAAAUGUUGUUGAAAUUAAGAGUGCCUCUUUGGCCAAAUGGGUUUGAACCUCGGAUUGCCUUGUGAAGCACCUGAAGCAGGGGUGUGCAGCUUCUAUUGUUAUUUAACAAAAAAAAGCCAAACAAAUGACAAAAAAAAAAUACAACCCUAGAGAACAUCAAGAAAAGCACCGUGUGCAUCAGUGCUACCAAAUUAAUGUUUUAUUUUCCACGUUUUUUUUGUCACCAUCACUUCAUGUAAAAAAAAUAAAUAAAAAAAAAAAUUACUUGGACAAAAUAUGUGAAUAAAAUAACUGGUACAGUUCCAGAUGACUGUAAAUUGUCGAUUUACUUUUGGACUUGUUGAAGCUAUUUUGAGCAGAGGUGAUAUUUUGGGGGGCGAGGUAGUUUAUGGUGAUGGUCUUAUUUUUUAUUUGUCUCUCUCUUUGUUGCAUUCCUUUGAUCCCUUGUAAUUCCACAUUGUUUUACUUGAAAAAUUAAGACAAUUACAGUUGAAUAAAAAGACCAAAAAUUA